CAGCCUAAAUCUGCAGAUAUUGAACAGGAUAUUACGGAAUGCCGAGUCUGUUGAUACUGGAGCGAGCAAGUUUCCAGUUUAAAAUAUUUCGAUAUUGAGCAUUGAUCGAUCGCGCUUCCUGGUUCAGAAUCCAGACGUUUCCGUGGUAAUUGUGUGGAAUCGGACCACCGGAGCCAGAAAAUUCAUAUUUUAUUUCAAAUGAGUUUAGUCUUCUUGACUGCGCUUUGAGGUUAUUUUAUCUUAUAUUUCAAUUCCGCGUUCGCAUGUGAGAUAUGUCUCAAGAGCACCAGGAUCCCAGCAAUAAUCAUGAUACCUAUUUCCGCCGUGCGAUCGCACACGCCGAGAGGAAUAAAAAGAAGUCGAGCGCGUCGUCAGUGCCACUGCAUGACGAAUGUUGCGCUGCGCAUGAGAGAUUUUUUGGCUCGGUAGCCUUGGGCGGUGGCGUGCCGAACAACGACACUAUGACAAUGUGACUAUGUACGCGAACUUUCUUGCAUAUCAGCUUUUUAGUAGUGACUUUAGAUUCCGAGAAUGAGCUCACGCGCAAGCUCUGCCGAGUCCGACGAAAUCUUAUCUCCGUCAGCAGGCCCAUCACCUCCAAAACCUGUGCAAAUGGACGAGGACAGCCAAGACAAUGAUGCUGAAAGCAGCAGCCGAAGUUCUCCAGCAAAUCAGUCCGAAUCCGUGGCGUCGAAUGCUGCUUCCCAUAAAUCUGUAUCAUCUCGGAGAUCAGCAUCGUCCGAAAAAGCAUCCGAUCUAGAGUUUGCGCCAGAAGACUUCAAAAUUAAAAGUGCAGCUGUUGACAGAAAAGCUGAACGCGCGAGAGUGAAAGCGGAGAGAUUGGAUGCGGAGGCCGAACACGAAAGUCAGACCCUGAAGGAUCGGACGAAGCGCUUUGAUUUCCUUUUGAAACAAGCCGAUCUCUUCGCGCAUUUCAUGUCAAAAAGAGCCAAGAUGUCGUCUGCUGACGGGCAGGGUGAGAAAACCCAUGGUAGACGCGGUCGGAAACCGAAGAGUGCAGAAAGCGCUCCUGUCACCGCGUCAACCUCCACGGGCAGCGGCAGCGGAGUUGCCGCAGCUGGAGAUCAUCGUCACCGAAUGACGGAGGAAGAAGAAGAUCAGGAGUUAGUGCAGGAUUCGGAAGAAUCAGAGAAGCCCGGCACCAGUUUUGUCACCACACCGCCAUACAUAAAGAACGGCGAAAUGCGAGACUACCAGAUUCGCGGAUUGAACUGGAUGCUUGGACUUUACGAACAUGGCAUUAACGGGAUUCUGGCGGAUGAAAUGGGUUUGGGAAAGACCCUGCAAACUAUCUCCGUCCUUGGCUAUAUGGUCACAAUGAAAAAUGAGAGGCCUCAUCUAGUCGUCGCGCCCAAAUCGACACUCAGUAAUUGGAUGAACGAAUUCAAACGCUGGUGCCCGAGUAUACGAGCAGUGCAGCUCAUCGGCACUCAGGCUGAACGGGAAGCCACCAUAAAAGGACCCCUGCAGCCCGGUAAAUUUGACGUCUGUGUUACGUCGUACGAAAUGAUUCUCCGAGAGAAAACCGCACUGAAAAAGAUACACUUCCGGUAUUUAAUUAUCGAUGAAGCACAUCGCAUCAAAAAUGAAAAUUCCAAGUUAUCAGAUUUUGUACGGGAAAUGAAAUGCACCAACCGACUUCUUCUGACCGGCACUCCACUUCAAAACAAUCUCCACGAAUUAUGGGCGCUUCUGAACUUCCUUCUACCCGAUCUCUUUGCAUCGUCGGAAGACUUUGAUGCGUGGUUUAACACAAACAACUGUUUCGGUGAUGAUUCACUGGUCAAACGGUUACAUAUGGUUCUUCGACCCUUUCUUCUCCGCCGCAUAAAAUCGGAUGUCGAGAAGAAGCUCCUGCCUAAGAAAGAAGUGAAAAUUUAUGUGGGAUUGAGUGCAGUACAACGCGAACUGUAUACAAGAUUGCUUAUGAAAGAUCUGGAUGUUCUCAACAGUGGCAAAGGCCAGAAGAAACAGUUACUGAAUAUUCUCAUGCAGUUGCGAAAAUGCUGCAACCAUCCAUAUCUGUUUGAUGGGAUUGAAGAAGGACCACCCUAUACAACGGAUAAACACUUGGUGGAUAACUGUGGCAAAAUGGUGGUUCUGCAUAAACUAUUGCCAAAACUGAAAGAGCAAGGAUCACGUGUACUGAUCUUCUGUCAAAUGACCAGAAUGUUAGAUAUCCUCGAGGAUUACUUUCUGUGGGCAGAAUACAAUUAUUGCCGGCUGGAUGGAGACACUGCUUACGAAUUGCGCGAAAGCCAAAUCGCCGAAUUUAACGCUCCUGGAAGUUCUAAAUUCAUUUUUAUGUUAAGCACCAGAGCCGGUGGAUUAGGUAUUAAUUUGGCUACAGCCGAUGUUGUUGUUCUCUAUGACUCCGACUGGAAUCCCCAGGUGGAUCUCCAAGCAAUGGAUCGAGCGCAUCGUAUCGGUCAGCAGAAACAAGUCCGCGUUUUCCGCUUGAUAACGGACAACACCGUUGAAGAACGUAUCGUCGAACGUGCUGAAAUAAAAUUGCGUUUGGAUCGUAUCGUCAUUCAACAAGGCCGACUCGUUGAUCCAGCAGCCAAUAAACUGGCUAACAAUGAUAUGUUGUCUAUGAUCCGUCACGGAGCGCAGUACAUUUUCUCUAGUCGGGAUAGCGAUAUUUCUGAUGAAGACAUUGACGCGUUAUUGGCCAAAGGGGAAGCUAAGACGGAAGCAUUAAAUAAGAAGCUGGAAACUGUGGGAGAAGACACCUUGAAAACUUUCACUCUGGACUAUGACGCCGGGCCGUCCGUGUAUCAGUUCGAAGGACAAGAUUACCGUGGCAAACGGCAGGAUCCGAUUUUACCAGCGACAUGGAUCGAACCGCCGAAACGAGAACGAAAAGUCAAUUACGCUGUUGACCAGUAUUACCGGGAUGCCCUUCGUCGCGAGGAGCCAAAGAAAGCUAAACCACCCAGACCUCCCAAGCAGCCCAACAUUCACGCCUUUCUUUUCCCUCCAAAACGUCUGUUGGAUUUAUUAGAACGGGAAAGGUUAGCCUACCAACGAGCUAUCAACUACCGUACCCCUCUCGAUCCAGAUCGGGAUGAAGAUGUGGCGGAAGCCAAACGAGUGGAACAACAGGAAAAGAUAGACACAGCCGAAGCAUUGACAGAGCAAGAAAUGGAAGAGAAAGAUCGGCUGCUGGACAAGAGUUUUGACUGGAGCAAAAAGCAUUUUAAGAAUUUCCUUCUGGCUAACGAAACAUACGGCCGGAACGACGUGGAGAAUAUCAGUCGCUCGGUGGCCGAUAAAUCACCGGAAGAAGUCAAAGCCUAUCACAAAAUCUUUUGGGAACGGUGCAAAGAGCUACCGGAUUAUGACAAAUACAUUGCCGCGAUUGAAAAGGGCGAGCAGCGUAUUCAGAGGAAAGUGGACAUACAAAGCGCCAUCGACGCGAAAAUAGCUACAUAUAAAAUCCCCUCGUUCCAGUUGAAGAUCAACUACGGCGUACAGAAACGGGGUCAGUGGAGUGAAGAGGAGGACCGGUUCCUGGUGUGUCAGUUACACCAGCUGGGCAUUGACCGGCAGAAUUUGUACGAAGAAUUGUUGGAUUUGGCAUGUCGGAGUCCACAGUUUCGGUUUGAUUGGUGGCUGCGGUCCCGCACACCAGCGGAACUACAGCGGAGGUGUCAGACGCUGACGGGUCUCAUUGAAAAAGAGAUGAUGGGCGAGAAGGAGACGCAGGCGGCUCGUGGACGGAAAUUAAUGCCGAAUCUGCAGUCAGCCACACCGAAAUCCGUCCAUAACGGGAGCGAAGGAAGCAAGAAGAGGAAGAGUGAAAAUGAGGGAGAUGCCAAGAAAGUUAAGAAGGUAGCCGAGAGCAGCAGUGAUGGGAAAUCGCAUAGGGAGAAAACUAAAACGCACCAUCAUAAAUGAUUGGCACCACUGGCGAUGAAUGCGGUAUAUAUGAGCGUGUGAUCACGUUUCGUUGAUAACCAUCUUCGUGUUUUCACAAUACGGCUUCGAAGUUUUUUGUUUGCUGUUGUUUAUUGAAUUGAUCCUUAACUGACCUGUGUUAUGGUAACAAUUCUGUCUCGUUCGACUAGAUUUACGGAUUAUCUGUUCCAUUCUCGGCUUGCUAAAUCUUGGUUUUCAGAAAAAAAAUUGCAAUUACUUUAUCUUAUGCACACAGCUAAAGCCGUGUGUGGAGCUCGUAGCAUUCAGUUUUUCACCACAAAUUUACUGAUCAAAACAGU